AUGAAACUCUUGAAGUUAGUGAUAAAAGAGACUCUGAGACUGCGUCUUCCUAUUCCUUUAUUGGUUCCAAGAGAAUGUGGUAAGAGAUGUGUGAUUAAUGGAUUUGAUAUACACAUCAAAACUAGAGUCAUUGUCAACGCAUGGGCAAUUGGAAGAGAUCCGAAAUAUUGGAGUGAACUUGAGAGCUUUAGUCCAGAGAGAUUUCUGGAUUGUUCUGUUGACUUUAAGGGGACUAAUUUCAAAUACAUCCCAUUUGGUGCUAGUAGGCGAACGUCUCUAGGAAUAUCAUUUGGUCUUGCUGACACUAAGCUUCCACUAGCAAUGUUAUUGUACCAUUUUGAUUGGAAACUUCAGAAUGGAAUGAAACUUGAAGAUUUGGAUAUGACUGAGAAAUUUGGUUCAACAACAAGAAGAAAAGAGGAUCUUCACAUCAUUCAUGUUCCUCAUCAUCCUUCCACAAAUGCAUAA